AAGGACCCGAAGCGUUUCCUUAUCCCGAACAAACAGCGCAGUCUCCUUUCAUUGACGAACCAAAGAAAAGAUUUGUCUACUUCACUGUCUGUCACAACUGCCAUGGCGGCUUCACUCCCUUCCACGGCUCACACCAUACCGAUUCUUCGAUUCAGAGCGAAUGACUCCAAGUCCCUUGUCUCUGUCCCAGGUUCGUGUUUGAGGGACAGAGCUUCCUCUGCACGCGCAAUUGCGUGUUCUUUAAGGACGGACAAUCUUCGACUCGGUGCGGGAGUGAAGCUCUCCGGUGGCCCCGUUGUCAAGCGGUCACUACAGAAGAGAGUGGUGAUAAGGUCUGCAACUAUUGAAGAAAUUGAAGCCGAGAAAUCUGCUAUUGAGAAGGAUGUUAAAUCAAAGAUGGAAAAGACGAUUGAAACGCUUAGGACUAGUUUCAAUUCCAUAAGGACCGGGAGAGCCAAUGUAGCUAUGCUUGACAAGAUUGAGGUUGAGUACUAUGGAAGUCCAGUGAGUCUGAAAAGCAUUGCCCAAAUCAGUACCCCCGAUGGGACUUCUCUUUUGCUCCAGCCUUAUGACAAAUCUAGCUUGAAGGCUAUUGAGAAGGCCAUUGUCAACUCUGAUCUUGGAGUCACUCCUAAUAACGAUGGUGAUGUCAUUCGACUGUCCUUGCCUCCCCUCACUUCUGAGAGAAGAAAGGAACUAACUAAGGUUGUAGCCAAACAGACUGAAGAAGGGAAGGUUGCUCUGAGAAACAUAAGGAGAGAUGCCUUGAAGUCUUAUGAUAAACUCGAGAAGGAGAAGAAGCUGUCAGAAGACAACGUCAAGGAUAUGUCAAGUGAUUUGCAGAAACUAAUUGACACAUACAUGAAGAAAAUAGAGGAGCUCUGCAAACAGAAAGAGAAGGAAUUGUUGAAGGUGUAACUGGAAUGGGUGUUAGGCGACGAUCUGGUAAAAUCCCACAUUCCCAACUCCGCUCCCGCUUUCUCUUUUUUAUUGAAAAAAACAUGUCUUGGGGUACAAGAAUCCCUCGGUAAAUCGAGAGGAACUUUUGUUUAAGGCUUUGUCUUUGUUUUUGUCUUUGAAACAGAAAGUUCCAUCUUUGUACAGCAAACUCUUUGUUAACUUCUUUUCUGCUGCCGAUAACACUUUCAUUUUCCACAUUC